GAAUGAGAAAAUAGCUUCUUUGUGAUCCGUGAAGGCAUUUAAUGCUUCUCUCUUCGUUUAGGAUACAUGGAUAGUGAAGCGGAAGAAGGAAUGAGGAAUGAGACGUUUGAUGACGAGGAUUCUGAAGACGAAGAAAGGCUACACAUCGAUGACAAUCCGGUCAUCAAACAAGAGGUCUCUGAGGACACCGACACUAACUUCUCUACGGGGAGCAUAGACCUGUCCAGGUACCCAUACCUGGAACCAUUUGGGAGGCAUUUCUUAGCACGAGACUUUCCUUCGGCUCUCUAUCCCGCUUUGAAGAUGGAAGAGAAUGCAGACAAAGAGGCGAGAGGAAUAUCCAAGAGAACGAGGAUUGGGCAUUCGAGACGAGGAGGGAAACGCGGGCCGCGUCGAGUUCCAUUCUUUAUCCAGGAAAUUGCGUCGAGCACGAAGAAAUCGGAAGGAUCUCCGUUGUACAACUUCGAUGCGGCGAAUGAGGUGUUGAAAGCCAGGGAGAUCUGCACUUCCCUCCAAACGGCCCUUUCCGACUCGAAAAAGAACCAGGGACUGCUGACGGCCUUGUGCCUAGCAGAGAACCCAGGGGAAGACGCUUCUUUGAAUCAUCUCGAGAGCGAGGAGGAAGAGAAGCGGACGGUGAACGGGAUCAACCUGCCUUAUAUGGGCCAGAUGACUCUGAACAACAGCAAACCCCGUCGGGGUCGGAAGCCGAAGAAGGCGGACAUUUGUCACUUGAUUUCGAAGAACUACGGACUUCGACCUGUGAUGCCCAAGGCCAGUCGGGCGAAAAAGAUCCCACCUCUGAGAAGAAUCCUCCCUUCGGAUCGCGAAUUCCUUCUCAAUCCCACGCCGACGCAUCCGUAUAAGGAGAAGGAGGAGGAACCCCUGAAUCUGUGCGUACGGGACGGGAUCCAAGAAUCCAAGACGACCGAGAUGAAGACGGAAGAAAAAGAGGGAUUAUGGUGGUCGCCAUCGGCUCCUUUGCUUCUCCAGGCUCUGCAGACGCCUCCGUUGACAUUCCCCGAUAUCGCAGGUCAAGGUCAAAAUCAAGGUCAAGAGUCAGUCGUACAACCCGACCCAUCGGCAUUCCCCUUGCAGAGCCGGGAUGACUGGGACCGACUCCGGGAGAAUCGGAAAUUGAGGCAUUCGAGCACAAAGAGAGGAGCUGGGAAACGAAAUCCCAUCAGUGUUCCACCUCAGUCUCAGCCUCAGACUCAGUCUCAAGCUGCAGAGGUGAGCAUCUGCAAAUUCAAGUUCCGAGGCGGGCAGAAACCUUGUUUGGAAAGGAAGAAGAUGCUCUCUGUGGACUCUGGAGGGAACCUGCAUUUUUUCACAAAGGCUCUCGAUGCUCAAGUGAAUCCCACCGGUGAUGUCUGUGAUGAUCAGCGAUCGAUCGUCGAGAAUAAUCAAUCGAAUAAUCAUCAUCAUGAUCAUUCUCAUCCUCAUCGUCGUCCUGUUCCCUCGAAUUCCAGUCUGGCUUCGAAGAGGAAAUCCCGGAAGUCACUGGUGAGAGAAAAGCUGGAGAAGACGUUCAAGGACAGAGGGUUCCUCAUUCAGACCCAGCAAUUCGAAGCACCACAGGGUGCCACUUUCUGCAAGUUCAGGCAACUCAAGAAGUUUACUAGAUAUUUGUUUCGCAGUUGGAAGGAUUAUCUGCCAGCUGGUGGCGGCGCACCGACGAAUUGAUUUUUAAACUGGGAGCUGGGAUGUUGUCUCGGGAAUAAAACAUACGUGUGAAUAUAGUUCGUACCAGGAGAUGGAAGAGAAAGAGUGAGAUUUUAUUCUUUCUUCGUCGAGGAAGGAUUAUUAGUCAGGAGGAAUGGGGGGAGGAGGGGGAGCAUGCUUCAUUGAGGGAGGG